AUGGUAGAUGCCACUGAAUCAUUUGUCACAUGUGCCUAUGCCUCCUUGAUGAAGCUAGGUUCUUUGGACGUUAGUGGUCUUCGUCAGCUCCUUGUAGAUGAUGAUAAUGGAGAGGUAGGUCCUAGUAGCCAUGCCAAGAUCACUGGAUUAGAUGACAAUGUUGGUAAAGGUAUUACUCCUUUGAACCAGAGCGAGACAGGGCUACUCUACCGGAUGCUAUACGGAGUUGGGUGUCUGAAUUGUGCAACUCUUUCUAGGUAA